ACCAAAGUGACCAAACCUGACAGUGCGACGACAGUUGAACCUGCCUGGUCUUAAAAUUUCGAGGAGCUUCCGCUUGACAUAAGGGAAGGUACGAAUCACGAUACUUCUUGAUACGACGACUUGCUCACCCCGGGGAGACCACGACGACGUUCCCUUUCCAAGAAACUUUUACCAAGAGACUUUUUAGAGGACGAUACAAAAAGAAGGCUGUCUUUUUCUUCUGGACUGACAAAGGACCACCGCUACGAUGGCAUCCUUCAGCCCGACACAAAUCUUCGAAGAUGGUACGACCCAAGAGAAGGGUGAGAAUGCCCGUCUAUCGGCAUUCGUAGGCGCCAUUGCCGUGGGAGACCUGGUGAAGAGCACGUUGGGACCGAAGGGCAUGGACAAGAUUCUCCAGUCAGCGUCAACCGGCGAGAUCAUGGUGACAAACGACGGCGCGACAAUCCUCAAGUCCAUCGCUCUCGAUAAUGCGGCAGCAAAGGUCUUGGUCAACAUCUCCAAGGUCCAAGACGACGAGGUGGGCGACGGCACCACAUCCGUCACCGUCCUCGCCGCCGAGCUCCUUCGGGAGGCCGAGCAACUGGUCAACAAGAAGAUCCACCCGCAAACCAUCAUCGAGGGCUACAGGCUAGCGAGCCAAGCCGCCCUCCGCGCUCUCCAGGAGAUCGCCGUAGACCGCAGCAACUCCCCAGAGGCCUUCCGCAAGGACCUCCUCUCCAUCGCCCGCACCACCCUCAGCUCCAAGGUCCUGGCCCAGGACAGGGAUCACUUCGCCGAGCUCGCCUGCGACGCCGUGCUGCGGUUAAAGCGGUCUACCGACCUGAGCCACAUCCAGAUCAUCAAAAAGGCCGGCGGCAAGCUGAGCGACUCGUACCUCGACGAAGGCUUCAUCCUCGACAAGAAGAUCGGCGUCAACCAGCCCAAGAGGCUGGAGAACGCCAAGAUCCUCGUGGCCAACACCUCCAUGGACACCGACAAAGUCAAGAUCUUCGGCGCCCGCGUCAAGGUCGGCUCCACCAGCAAGCUGGCCGAGCUGGAAAAGGCCGAGAAGGACAAGAUGAAGGCAAAGGUCGAGAUGAUCAAGGCCCACGGCAUCAACUGCUUCAUCAACCGCCAGCUCAUCUACAACUGGCCCGAGCAGCUCUUCACCGACGCCGGCAUCAUGUCCAUCGAGCACGCCGACUUUGACGGCAUCGAGCGCCUCAGCCUCGUCACCGGCGGCGAGAUCGCCUCCACCUUCGACCACCCGGACCAGGUCAAGCUGGGCCACUGCGACCUGAUCGAGGAGGUGAUCAUCGGCGAGGACACCCUCGUCAAGUUCUCCGGCGUCGGCUCCGGCGUCGGCGCCGGCGAGGCCUGCACCAUCGUCCUCCGCGGCGCCACCAGCCACCUCCUCGACGAGGCCGAGCGCAGCCUGCACGACGCCCUCGCCGUGCUGUCCCAGACCGUGCAGGAGCCCCGCACCACCCUGGGCGGCGGCUGCGCCGAGAUGGUCAUGGCCAAGGCCGUCGAGGGCAUGGCCACCCGCGUCGAGGGCAAGAAGCAGAUGGCCGUCUCCAGCUUCGCCGCCGCCCUGCGCCAGCUGCCCACCAUCCUGGCGGACAACGCCGGCCUCGACUCGGGGGAGCUCGUGUCCCGCCUCCGCAAGGCCAUCUACGACGGCUUGACCACCUAUGGCCUGGACCUGAUGACCCCCGGCGGCGGCAUCGCCGACAUGCGGGACCUCGGUGUUGUGGAGAGUUAUAAGCUGAAGAGGGCGGUGGUGUCGUCGGCGAGUGAGGCAGCUGAGCUUCUACUUCGUGUAGAUGAUAUCAUUCGCGCCGCACCAAGGAGACGGGAACGGGCUUAAUCGCCUCGUGGGAGCCGUGUGGUGACGCAUCGAAUUGGGGGGCGGGAACGGGAACGGGAAUGGGAAUUUACAUAUUCAGGGCAGUGAUGUGAUAAUGCCAAUAGAUGAUGGACGGCUUAGGUCAGGACAUAUCCAUGACCACAGCAACACUACUAUUGUUAGGACCCAGAGGUAGAUCAAAAAAGAAAUCCGGCGGAUGCGACUAC